AUGGCCGCCAGCAAUGACCUCCGGGGCUGGGUGAUGAGCGCCGUCUCGGGCGUGGCCUGUGUCCUCGGUUCGGCCGUGAUUUGUGUCGAUGUGGUGUUGCGGCGGCUCACCCACCACAAGAGCUUCCAGAUCGCCAACAGCAACAACUUCCUGUCGGCGUCGCUAUGUCUCAGCGCCGGGGUGAUGCUCUUCACCUCGCUCUACAGCAUGCUCCCCACCUCCAAGCAGUACCUCACCCGCGCCGGCUUCUCCCCGUCCGCAUCGGCAUAUAUCCUGACCGGCCUUUUCCUUGCUGGAAUUGUCGUCAUUCGAAUUGUGUCUGAGUUUAUUCACCGCUUUAUUCCGUCGCAUGUGGUCGACUGCGCCCACACCCACGGUGACCCGGACCCCGAGCGUGGGGAGCGCGGCCCCAAUACCAGCAAGGGGGACACAGAAAGGACACCACUGCUGCACCACUCUAUAGCAUCGCCCUCCCAUCGGGAGCCGGCGGUAGUCCAGUGGGCGGAACAAACUCCCAAUACUGGGCCUCGGCCAUCUCUGCGGUCGAAGCUCACGCGCCGGAUCAGUGCGUUCGUGGGUGGCGCCAAGCCUCUGUGCGAUGAGGAUGGGCCCUGCUUUGGUGUUUCACAGACAUGUGGUCACGAGUGUACGAAGGUUCUUGUGCCGAAUGUUGAUGGAUCACCGAUCACGGACGAAACCGCUCGGCCGGCCUUGGUCCCGCAUCAAAGCAUAGCCGUGCAGCUGGGCCCCCAAGGUCGAGAUGAGACAGAUACAGUGCAGCCCGAGUCCGCGGAUCCCAAUGCCAGGCUUUCUGAUGGUGCAUCGGCACCGCAGCGCGUUCAAUACGGCACCGGCUUGUCCUGGUCGCAAUCUCCCGGCCAUGACCGUAGUCUUGACUCUGACAAUGAAGAUCCUGACGGCGAUCCACCCAAGUCUGCCAAUGGCAACCCUCACCACCAUCAUGUUCCGCAGAACGCGUUCCUUUCCAUCGGUCUCCAAACCUCUCUCGCCAUUGCUUUGCACAAACUGCCUGAAGGUUUCAUCACCUACGCCACCAAUCACGCCAGUCCCACGCUGGGUCUGACGGUGUUCCUCGCCCUUUUCAUCCACAAUAUUGUGGAAGGGUUUGUCAUGGCACUUCCCCUUUACCUGGCCCUCAGCUCCCGCUGGAAAGCCAUGUUUUGGUCCAGUCUCCUGGGCGGAAUUAGUCAACCAGCCGGUGCCGGCCUGGCAGCGCUCUGGAUCUGGGGUUCUGGACGACACAGCGGACAUGAUGUGAUGGGACCCUCGUGGGGUGUCUAUGGAGGCAUGUUUGCUGUCACCGCUGGAGUCAUGACCUCUGUUUCGUUGCAGCUCUUCAGCGAGGGCCUGGGCCUGACGCAUCAUCGGGGCAUGGGGAUUGGGUUUGCCGUUGCAGGAAUGGGGCUGAUGGGAUUGAGCUUUGCCUUGACGGCCUAA